AAUGAGAUUUGUUUGUACAAGUUGACGAAGACAACCGGAAGUUACAUGAGCAGAGCUAGCUUGAACGCUUGUACACAUUUUAUAUCAAGACAGGCCAAGUAAACGCAGCUGAGAUGGUUUGUGAAAAAUGCGAAAAGAAGCUCGGAAAGGUCAUCACUCCUGACACUUGGAAGGAUGGAGCACGAAAUACGACUGAGAGUGGAGGCCGUAAACUAAAUGAAAACAAGAUGUUGACAUCUAAGAAGGCCAGGUUCGACCCUUACAGUAAGACGGGCUUUGCCAUCUGCAGAAUCUGCAAGAGCUCUGUUCAUCAGCCUGGAUCGCACUACUGCCAGGGCUGUGCUUACAAGAAAGGAAUCUGUGCAAUGUGUGGAAAGAAAGUCUUGGACACCAAGAACUACAAGCAGACAUCUGUGUGACUGAGAACCAACCGGAGAACAUCUGUACAUUUGAGACCGUCAAGGACAGAUUUGGAGAUGACUAUUCCUGUUAAAGAUGCUUCGAUAUUACAACACAAAACAUUAUCUCCAAAUAAACCAUUAAGCUUAAAGUCAUAACUUUUUUAUAUUUUAAAAUUCAGUUUCUGAGAUUUGAUUUUUUUGUUUGCAUUUUAGAGCAUUGAUUUAUGUUGUAGAUUCUGUGUUGAGUCAAUUAAAGCUUCCAUUGUGAGGAGAU